AUGGAUUCACUGAAACUCCCAACGACAGCAGCUAGGGCGAAAGCAUUCACUGCCCAAGGCUCCCUAGCCUUCCCUAUGAUGACAACAGACAUGGUCAAAGAUGAAUCACAGGAUACAGACAAAUACGAUAUUCUGAAGAAGGAGCCAGAAGAGAAGAUGCUCGAUAUGAACGAUCAAGUGGCGGACGAUGCAGCAGCGUCAGGAAUAGUGCCAACUUUACAGAAUAUCGUCGCUACCGUCAACUUGGACUGUCGUCUGGAGCUGAAGACUAUUGCUCUUCACGCUCGUAACGCAGAAUACAACCCAAAGCGUUUCGCUGCAGUUAUCAUGCGUAUAAGAGAGCCAAAAACUACAGCCCUUAUAUUUGCUUCGGGUAAGAUGGUUGUGACGGGUGCCAAGUCGGAAGACGAUUCGAAAUUGGCUGCCAGAAAGUACGCUCGUAUCAUCCAAAAGCUUGGUUUCAACGCUAAAUUCACAGACUUCAAAAUUCAGAAUAUUGUUGGUUCGUGUGAUGUCAAGUUCCCUAUCAGACUAGAAGGUCUAGCGUACGCUCACGGAACUUUCAGCUCGUAUGAGCCGGAACUAUUCCCGGGUCUCAUUUAUAGAAUGGUGAAGCCCAAGAUAGUGCUACUUAUUUUCGUUUCGGGGAAGAUUGUCCUGACGGGUGCAAAACAAAGAGAGGAGAUCUAUAAGGCGUUUGAAGCUAUCUAUCCCGUUCUUAGCGAAUUCCGCAAGAGCUAG